CUCAGACAGCUAGAAUAGUGAGAACCUUUCUCCCUCUCUCUCUCUGUCUCUCUCUCUCUGUCUCUUCACUCCUAUCUCCCUUCUCUCUCUCUCUCUCCAUCUCUCCUCUCCUCGACGCCACAUUAUACGGUAUCCAAACAUCCAUCCAUUCAUUCAUCCACCCAUCCAAUGCUCAGCCGAAUGAGGGCACAGCCAGAGAGGGAAAAGAAACAGAUCAUGUUUUCUGAACCAGAUACAGCUCACAACAGACUCUUUCUAUCCUAAUUCACCUUCUUUCUAGUCUUGAAGACCUGGAGAAAAAGAAAAUAAGGACUUGAAGUAACCACUCUCUGAGAAGUCUGGACAUCAUCUUGUCAGAGGAACUUGAAAGGAUUCUUGAAGCUAAACCAGGUCCACUGGGACGUAGAGGAGACAGACUUGUUGGGGGUUUUGACGUUUCGUUUUUUCUCGUUUAUUCCUUGCUGGCGAAGGGGCCGGUGAAAGUUAGCCAAGACGCCGCGUGCAGUGCUUCGCGUGAAGAAUGCCCAGGCUCGCCUGCCCAAGCCGGCAGACACGGCGCCGGCACCAACGGCAGGUCUUUACAUGGAGCGUUCGCAGAGUCGCAUCAGCCUGUCCGCAUCCUUUGAGGCCCUGGCAAUCUACUUCCCCUGCAUGAACUCCUUUGACGAAGAUGAUGGCGACCCAGAGGGCCGCAGGUUAAAAGGUAUUCAGAGAAGUACAGAGACAGGACUGGCUGUAGAGAUGCCUAGUCGCACAGUUCGGCAGGCAAGCCAUGAGUCCAUGGAGGACAGCAUGAACAGCUAUGGCUCAGAGGGCAAUCUGAACUACAGUGGUAUGUGCUUGGCAUCGGAUGCCCAGUUCAGUGAUUUUCUGGAUGGGAUGGGGCCAGCUCAGUUUGUGGGCCGACAGACACUAGCUACCACUUCAAUGGGAGACGUGGAGAUUGGUCUGAUGGAGAGAAAUGGACAGUUGGAAGUGGAGAUCAUUCAGGCUCGAGGUCUCAUCAUGAAGCCUGGAUCUAAGGGCCCUCCAGCGGCAUACAUUAAAGUGUAUCUUCUGGAAAAUGGCAUGUGUAUCGCCAAAAAGAAGACAAAGUCAGUGCGUAAAUCUCUAGAUCCUCUUUACAAUCAGGCCCUUGUGUUCUCGGAGAGUCCGCAGGGAAAAGUUGUACAGGUCAUUGUUUGGGGAAACUAUGGCCGGAUGGAUCGCAAAUGCUUUAUGGGCGUGGCACGCAUCCUAUUGGAGGAGCUGGAUUUGACAAACAUGGUGAUUGCCUGGUACAAGCUUUUCCCGACCUCUUCAAUGGUAGAUCCCACAAUGGCACCGCUGAUUCGACAUUCGUCACAGCUCUCCUUGGAGAGCACAGUUGGACCAUGCUGUGAACGUUCCUAAGACUAACUAGUUCUAUUUCUCUCUGCAAGGGCUCUCGAGGCCCUCUAUCCUACAAGUGCUGUCUGUGUAUGACUGCGGCACUGGAACCCUCUGGAAUGUUCUAGAAUUUCCAAGACAUCUUCAGAACAAAACAACUUCUGGGAUAUUCCAGAAUUUACCACAGAGGUUCAGAGGAAAGUUCCUUUUCAACCUCAGAAGCAAAGACAUCAGGAAAGGCAAAGAAUGCAGAUCAAACCGUUGGGCUUUAUUUUAGCUUUCGACACAUUAGAUUGUGCUGGUCUGUUUGUUUUUCAAAGGAAAAAAUCCUCUGUUUAAAAUUGAAUUCCACACAAAAGGCAAACGUUUGAGUGAUCCCACAUGUUUAUUGUUAUUAGAUAAAACGGAAGGGUUUUGUGCAAUAUGAGAGAAGAAUGUAUUUGUUUAAAAGUGGGGGUUUGCAUUUAUUAUGCGUAAUUAACAAUAAAGGAAUCGAUAUAUGUCUUACAAAGAUUCAAUAUGUAUAGUUCAAAGAGUCAAUGUUUGUGAUUUUAUGCUUUUUUUUAUGCAAUCGUCUCCGAACUUUUUAUUUUGGUUUUGUCUUUCUCAUUAUUAAACAGUGCCAAUGCUACCAGCAAGUGGCUUUACUUCGUGGUUAGUGUCUAUAUGAGACUUUAUUAACCAAUAAUUUAGGCAGACUCAAAUGUGUAAAGACAGAAGCUGAUUUUCCACAAUCUUUUCUGAAGUAACAGUGCCCUACCAGUGAAUUUGUCACAAUGUC